GUAACCGAAUACAAUUGCUUUGAAUCAAGGCUCGACAAGGCGCGGGGCAGUUACUACUGAACCAAACUUUGCAGCGCUGCUGUCUGCAAUUAAAGUCGUGUUUGCUAUCAAAUAAGAGCGUAUACUACUACUUCUUUACACUUGCAUCAGCUGUGGAAAAGCGCCAGGCGCGCAAAACAGAACUCAUCGAAGGCUGGGGUUCACGGCGGUGGGGUAACACCAGACUGGCAAGAUGACAACAUCACAGGGCGAAGCGCUGUUGGCCAAAUACCUUCACGACUCGCUUCGUACCAUCGAGCAGACAGUCAGGAAAGCGGCACCAGCAGGCGCGCCGGCGGGCGCGUUGCCACGUUCCAUCUCCACAGGGCGGGCCGACGGGCGGCGCGCGGCCACAGAGGUGUUGCUGCCCCGCGGAACUACCCGCUCGCUGGCGCCGGUGGCGGCGGCGGCGGCGGCGGCGGCGGCGGCGGCAAACGCCACCCGGCGGGACCUCGACUACACAAUGGGCAGGCCCCAGGCGCAGGUCGUCAUGACGCAGGCUCGCAAACAGCAACAACAACAACUCGGCAGCUCGGGCUCCCCACAGCAACAACAACAACACCUGACGGGUGGCGGCAGCGGCGGCAGCUACACGAUACCUGCGCAGCGGGGCCCCAGCGGCGGCGGCGGCUCGCCCGCGCUCCCGCCUCGUCCCACUGUGGUCCGCACCGCCGCCGCCAACGCCAACGCCGCCGCAGCAGCGGUGCAAAUGCACAGGCAGCUGAACCUGGCUUACGGCUCGCCUGGUGCAUCCGGGGGAGGCGCGGCGGGUCGGGCUAUCUCGGCGCCACGCGACCUGCACCAACACCACCAACACAGCCACAACGGCCACAACCAACACCAACAUCAACACCAACACCAUCACUCAUCAGGGGCGGCGGCGGGGCACACACGCUCGGAGGCGCGUGUGCCAGCCGUGACGGCGGCGCCGGCGCUGCUGACGGCGCCGGGGCGACACGGCGGCGACGGAGGCGGCGGCGGCGGCGGCUUGGAUGCAAAGGGCCCGGCGGGGGUGCGGCGCGGGGCGCCGUCUGAAACGGGCACGAAUGCAUCCUGGUGGCGGAAGCCCAUCACGGACGCAUCCUACCCGCUCACCGCGAUCACUGACCGCUACGCCCAGAGCAUGAGCCAGUCGGAGCUGGUCAGGUGGAACGACCGGGUGGCUCGGCUGGAGGCGGAGAUCAACGCGGAGAAGGAGCGGAGGAAGCAUUUCGAGGCGGAGCUUAAGAAGGUCCAGGCGGUGACGGGAGGAGCAGGAGGAGGAGGAGGAGCAAAGGCAGGCGCGGGAGCAGGGCAUGCAGCCGGAGUCGGAAGGGGCGGGGCAACAGUGGCGGCGUCGGGCGGCGGGGCCGCGUCCUCGCGCGGCGCAACCGCAGGCGCUGGCGGAGGUGUGCGCGAGGCGCUGCAGUAUGUGUAGCUGGCGAGAGGGCCGGGUUGAAGGUGGCUUGCGAAGGCAGCAGCGGCACCCGAAAGGGUGGGUGCAAGGGCACUGAACGUGUACAGUGCGUGGAUGGCGUUGCGACUUCGGCAAUGCUGGAAGAUAUCAGUUGGAGGCAGCCGGUUGAUGAAAGCUUAACGCUGAUUUGAGUUACUGCUUGAACAUCGUGGAAGCAUGAAGACAGGACUUGCGGGACUUGUGAUCUGUUUGUGCAUACGCGCGCGUGAUCAUUCCGAUGGGUGACAGAGGGAUGGGUGACGGGACGAGGACGGGAAGCCCAGCUUGGCAUCGCUCGGACUCGAGUUGCUCGCAACCUUCGCGACACAGCAGUUGGCACGGGCACUUGUGCUGACCAGUCGCAAAACGCGAGACCGAUGCACGCAUUGUUACAACUUUUGCACG